AUGGCUAACGAUCCUGUCCAUCCCGUGGCGUACCUUACGAUGAACAUGGAGAUACUGAAAGCUUCUUCUGCCUUUUCACAGCGAGUUGGGGCCCGGGCCAUGGAGGGACGAAAAUUAACCGAUUUUAUCCUGGAAACUGAGGCAAACAAAGGCAAUGCAAUUCGAGAGUACUUCGCGAACGAACUACGGAGAAGGGAGCCAAGUUAUCUACCUACUGGAUUCAGUGCCAACAUCCAGGAUAAGCAAGAUACCAGACUUAGCCUGGACAAUUUCGGCCAGCUUGUCCAAUACUUUGAAGAAUCUCUGACUUUUGUUGGCCUAUACGGAUUUCAUGAAGUACUGGGGCUACAUGCCGUAUUAGCUACAGCGGGUUCUUACUAUUUUAUCAUAGUCUCCCUUGUGUUACCAUCUAGGCACGCAUUAGUACGGCUACCUCCGCAUUUGCAAAGUCCACUGAUAUUAUUGGAGAAUCAGCGACCUGAUUCAAACAUAGAGCCAAACGAGCUCAUGGCGUUGCAGGGGCAUAUACAUUGCCAUGGCGAAUAUUCCAGCAGCGUUGGUGAACCCAGGACGUCAUCGAUUCUGUCUAGCAGUCCUGGUGUGUCUAACUCUGGGCGAAACAAGAUUUCUGGGGAGAUGUCAAUGAAUACAUACCGCAAUCUACGACGACCUCGGGAUGGCCUGGAAGGAGAGUUCCCGAAAAGCCCACAACUAAGUCUGCUUGGCCGACCGCACCCUAUGCCUUGGAUAGAAGAAAGGGGCACGUCAUUGUCCAGACAGUCUAACCAAAUGGAUAUCAAAUAUUUAAUAGCAUGA